AUGAAUGACGUUAAUCAAGUCAACCAUACUCCACAGCCCAAGGCUUAUUACGCUUUCGACGAUCCCUUAAAUGAGAAAAAGCUCAGGGUUUGGGUAGGCAGUAUCCCAGGAUUCGUAGAAACUGACGAGUUCCUAAUGGCCCUGCAGGUUGCCGGAGUCCCCCCCGUUUCGGAGAUUGUUUUCAAGAAGUGUCCCAUCAGAAGUUGGGGAUUCUUGACUUUUAAGACUUUCGAGGACGCUUCCGAAUGUAUACAACUGAUUCAUGGCAAGAAACUCUUUGAGCAAUCUGAUUAUACAAUUGAGGCAAGGUUUGCAAACCCUCACGAGUCUGGACAGAAGAACGAAAAUUAUAGAAGCCAUUCUUCAGGCUUCCUUAGUGACGCCCAUCGGACCUCGCUCAUAAACUCUCUAACUGAGGAGAGCUACGACUUACUGCAGGACGCAGGACGUACUACACUGUGGCAUGUAUACAAAGACGAAAAUGGUGUUCCCUACUACUACAACUCAAUUACAGGACACACCCAAUGGGAAAGACCAAUCCCUCCACUAUUGGCCGUUGAAGCUUCAACUUCCUUCAUGAGUGAUCGUAAUAGGUUGAAUGCACCUCCAGGUUCAAAUUUGUUUAUAUUUCAUAUUCCCAACGUGUGGGACGAUGCUGAACUUUCGAUGCAUUUCACACCAUUUGGCAAUUUAGUAUCAGCUAAGGUUCAAAGGGACGCAAAUGGAUGUAACUCAGGUAUAGCAACCAAACUUCAUUGUAAAUAA